CUCUUUGAAAGUUGCGCUGUAACAGACUGAGGAGGUAAGACACGGGUGAAGGCAGAGUGAACAUUUAGCACUAAGAAGCUGGGUUAACAUCCAGCCAGGCUCAGGAACAAGGUAUCUGACAUCUAAUCGAUUCUAAAAGGAAUGGGCAUCGUCUUGUUUUUCCUGCUUGUACUAAAGAUUUACAGCGAGGGUUGUUACAGUAGCUACAAGUAGGGUGUGUGUAGGGCAUUAGUCAUAACCUCCAAUGAGGAGGCUGAAGUGUGGUUUUUUAUGUGUACCCUUAGAAAUGGAAUGUGGGAAACUGAGUUAUUUAGAAAAGGUGUCCUCUGCCUUUUUUGCAGUUGCAGCGCUCAGGGCAGCUUGCAACUAUCCACAAGAAACAACAAACAAAAAAUCAAUAUAGCCACAAAAGCUUUAAAAAACACACAAGGCAGCAGAUCAAAACCCCUUAAAAAAAUAUGAUGCUAGUCUAUUAAAAACACGCAACCUGACAUGUCAGAACAAACAUUUUGACCAAAUAAGAGAUGAUUAAGAGUAGGGGCCAACUGAACAUCUUAGAGAAGGGGAUGUCGCUGUUUGGGCACAGCCACAAAGAAGGACCUCUUGCCAUCCUAGCCAUUCACUCCUCCACCACUAUCAGAAAGCAAAGAAGAGCCUCCCCCUUAGAUCCUAAUUUCUGGCUUGACAAGUGGGGUGCCGCAGGGUUCUGUCCUGUGUCCAUUGUUGUUCAGAAUUCAAAAUAACCUUAACAGAUUGGAGAACUGGGCCUGAGCUAACAAAAUGAAUUUCAGUAGGGACAAAUGUAAGGUUCUACACUUAGGCAGGAAUAAUCAGCUGCACAAAAAUAAGACUGGGUACACCCAGCUUGUCAGUAGUACAUGUGAAAAGGAUCUAGGGGUCUUGGUGGACAACAAGCUUAAUGUGAGACAACAGUGUGAUUCAACAGCAAAAAAGGAAAUGUUAUUCUAAGUGACAUCAACAGUAGUGUCCAGAUCAAAGGAAGUAAUAUUACCACUCUAUUCUGCCUUGGUCAGACCACACCUGGAAUACUGUAUCCAUUCUUGGCACCACAGUUUAAGAAGAAUGUUGACAAGCUGGAACGUGUGCAGAGGAGGGCAACCAAGCUGAUCAAGGGUCUGGAAACUAAGUCUUAUGAGGAAAGGUUAAAGGGGCUGGGUAUGUUUAUCCUGGAAAAGAGGAAACUGAGAGGAGAUAGGAUAGCCACCUUCAAAUAUCUAAAGGGCUGUCACAUGGAAGAUGGACCAAGAUUGUUUUCUCUUGCUCUGUAGGCUAGGAUUCAAACCAAUGGCUUCAAGUUACAAGAAAGGUGAUUCUGACCAAGCAUCAGGAUAAACUAGUAGGAGCUGUUUGACAGUGGAACAGUUUCCCUUGGGAGGUUCUGAACUCUCCUUUCUUGGAGGUUUUUCAUCACAGGCUGGAUGGCCAUUUGUCAUGGAUGCUGUAGCUGAGAUUCCUGCAUUGCAGUGGUUGGACUAGAUGAUCCCUCCAACUCUAUGAUUCUAUUCAGUAUUUUGUCAAUUUAAUCCCACAAUUGGAUUAAAUUAUUAACAGGGAGCAGGCGUAUUUGCUGGAUAUAAAAUAUUUUGGAAGUCUAAAUCCCUAAUUUUAGCCUGAUUAGCAACCAUUAUUAUCAAAGCCUCAGGUGAAAAGCCCAAUGCAUAUAUCUUGUUCCAAAGCAGCUUUCAUUGAUGCAAAGCAUAGUUGGCCAAAAGAAUGUACAACUGCAUUACAGUAUAAUCAAAUUGAAAGGUUCAGGGUAAUGAGCGCUAGAGCUCACUGGUUGAAAUCCAACUUACAAAAAAGCUGAAGCCCCAACUCAUUUAAGAACGCCAAGAAUAGACCAGAGGAUAAGUGCCUGCACGGCAUCCACAUAUGGCCCAGCAUCUUUAAUCCAGAUUGCAGCUCCAAUCAGCAACCGGAUAACAGAGUUAGCCUUUAAAAAAAUCUAGAGCUCAGUGUUUGUGGAAACCACUGUUAGUGUAACAAAAGUGGACAGUUGCUAAAGUAAAAUAUCACUUUUAAAAGAGUGAACAGAAGUGGAGAAAACACACAUCCUUGAUAUACUCUUCUUGUAGUUGAAAUGUGGAUCAGAGAGGUUCUCACUUGUCCACAGUGAAGCUACAUUUCAGUUUGACUAGACAUUUUACAAAUUCAAAACAAAGGCCUCUUGUGAAUAGACAGGGCCUCCAGCUUUACACAUAACAAAUUCCUUGGAACUAAAUCAAAAGCAUAGAAAGGUUAACGCCUCCCCCACUUUGAUUGGAGUACUCUGCUGCAUGAUGGUACAAAAAGAAACAGUGAUCUACAACUGUAUGGCUUGGUCUGGAGCCAAUUUAUUCAUCUCCAAGACUUUCAACUUCUUACUUCCAUAUCUCUCCCCCCACCCCAUAAACACUACAAUUGCCUUAUGAUAUAUGGGGACCGCAGCUCAUCUUAACACACAACGUGUAAAAUGAUGCUAAAAGGGGCACCUGUCAACUCAGAUUCUCUUUUAGUACAGAUGGAGGAAUACUAUCAAGCCUGGAUGCCUUGUUCAAUUCAUGCUGUGAAGUUAAAUCAUGGACAUCGUGUUACAUUUGUGCAAGUGUGUCCACACAUGAACCCUAAAACAUGCUUCCUAGAGAGGUGAGGCCUUUUGUGUGAGACAGUCACAUGCUUCUAUGAAAAUUUGUCACACCAAAGUAUCAUUGGACACACAAGCGACACAUACGGUUAUUGCAAGAAAGUAACAACGAAAUUAAUCCUAAAUUGAUAAAUGCAGUGCAGCAUGUACAGUGAGAUGAGGUGGGAGUUGGAGGCACAGCGUUAUGGUGGUUCCACUCGUACCUAAAGCAGCAUUCAAAGACGUCUGCUCAACAUUUGUGCUGCAGGGUCCUGUAAGCUUUCAGUUCUCCUCCCAUGCUUUUUAACAUCUCUGUGAAACCUCAGGGUGGGGUCAUUAGAAGAUUUAUAGUGAUGUGCAAUGAAUGUGCUGGUGGCACUUGUCCCUGUUUUUCAUUGUCAGCUGAGUCAGGUGAGGUGGUCCAGGUGCUUAGAACUGAUAAUGAGCUGAAUGAAGGUUGAAUCCUAACAGCAUGGAGGUGUUGACAGGUGGUUCCAUGCUUUUAAUGCGUUUUGUAUGUGUAUUUGCUCUUUGCAUUGCUGAAUGUUAUUGUUUUUGCUUGUGAUAUAAUUAUUCUAAAUAGAGAAACAAAAUUGAUAAGAAGCAAAUAUCACUUAAAUCACAGUAGGAUUUAAUUCUGAGAAAACAUGCUGCUAGCUUUCUGCUGUUAUGACCAAAGCAAGCCUAUCUGUCUGUUUUUAUUUUAUUUCUAAUUUUAUUUCUAUUGUAUGUGAGAUAUAUGUAUGUAUGAGAUGAAAUCUUCCUUGGGCACCACUAAACUGAUGUGGGUAACCCAAGUAAAAAUGUUUUUAAUUUGUAAAUGAAUAUUUAAUUUUAUUUAUCUAGGGCAUGUAUGUCCAAUGCGUUGACCACAAUUGACUCGGGGAUCACUUGAGAAUUUUGGUCCAUCAUGGCUGCUUCAAGCACCCCGCUCGGCCACCGGCUUUGCCCGACACCCAGUCAGCUGGCCGGCCCAGACAGGUGCAAGGCUCCUGCCUCCGUCUCCUGCAAGCUGCAGCCCCGGGCAGGGAGGCAAAGAUGAGGUGUGUGGACUCUGCAUGGGCUGCACCUGCAGAGGUGUCCGGUCAGCUGGCCAGCCACGAAAUGGAGCUGAGGGAAGGGCAGCACGCGAGAGAGACCAUGACGUUUCUCCUUCUCCCCCCUCCCACCAUUUCCCAUGGAAAGAAAACCCUCCCCUUCCUAGUUCUGCAUGGAUGCUGAACUUUCCCCACCUUUCCAGCUCCAGCCUAGCUGCAUUUAUUCAAAAGUAAGACGCUGCCGCCCCUUCCCACAUUGCUCUUUCAUCUGGUAAAGGGGAAAGUGGACAUUCUGGGGCGUGUUGGCUUCCCGUGUGCACCAACGGCCCUGUGAAGGGGCUGGUGUGGGGGUAAUAAUUUGUUAUUAUUGUAUAAUCAUAAUUUGUAUAAUAUGAUUAUUGUAUAAUCAUAUCAUACAAUAAUGAUUAUAAUAUGAUUAUUGUAUAAUAUGAUUAUUGUACAGUGGUACCUCGGGUUACAUAUGCUUCAGGUUACAUAUGCUUCAGGUUACAUACGCUUCAGGUUACAUACGCUUCAGGUUACAGACUCCGCUAACCCAGGAAUAGUACCUUGAGUUAAGAACUUUGCUUCAGGAUAAGAACAGAAAUCGUGCUCUGGCGGCGCGGCUGCCGUGGGAGGCCCCAUUAGCUAAAGUGGUACUUCAGUUUAAGCACAGUUUUAGGUUAAGAACGGACCUCUGGAACGAACUAAGUACUUAACCCGAGGUACCACUGUAUAAUCAUAAUCUGGCUGGGUUUCCCCAGCUAAAUAUAAUAUGUUUAAGUUGACGAAUGACCAUGGGAGAGUGUGGUAGAUCACUGCCAUUUUUUUAUAUUGAAUGGUGGAUUGCAACCUGUUGGAUGUUGGACGUACCUCAGCUAGGGAGCUUUCAGCAUUCAUUUUGCAGAGGUGCUAGUUGCGGCAAAAGCCACAAAGAGUAUUGCGUUAAAGACUAAAAGGUUUAUUAUGGCAUAAGUUCUCUCUCACGUUCAUGAAAGCAAAAUGCUGUCACACUGUAGCAUCAUGGGAAGGAAUGGAAGCCACAGUGAAGAUAAUGUAGGUGAAUAGGUGGGGUUUUGCAAAUGAAAGCUUGUUCAGUUUUCAGUGGCUGUCACAGUGUGCUGAUUAUGCUUUAACUCUGCCUUGGACUAUUGUCUCUCUUUUAUUUGUGUUAUAAUUUUAAUGUGGAAGGCAGUACAGUCAAACCUCAUUUGUUGAAUGUAAUUCGUUCCGGAAGCCCGUUCUGAUUGGCUGCAGGAGCUUCUUGCACUCAAGAGGAAGCCGCAUCGGAAGUUUGGCUUUCGAAAAAUAUUUGAAAGCCAGAGCACUUCUGGGUUUUGAGUGUUCAGGAGCCAAAACAUUCCAAAAUGGAAGCGUUUUGGAACCGAGGUUUGACCAUAUAAAUAAGUUUUUAAUAAAUAAUUAAAAUUCAGUUUGAUGGAAUGAAGUAGAUGGGCUGUGGAGUGAGAAAAACUCACCCCUUACUCCAGGAGCAGGAAGCUUGUUUGUUUUACUCACCUCAGUGGUGUCUCUAUAGGCAGCCCUUUUCUUUCCUCCCAUAUAAGUGAAUGGCUGCUUUUCAUUCUGCACACGGGAGCAUUGCUGUAUGAGGUAAAGAUGUCUCCUGACAGUGGGUGGUUCUGCCUCCAUUGACAAGGUGGGAACAAAUAUGUAUCUGUGUGCUGUUCAUAAAGAGAUACCAUACAGCCUACCCUGACGUUUCUCCAGCAUUUAGGCCCUCCCCUCACAUGCACCCUGUCUAUCAACAUAGAAACUGGGACAUUUUCUAAUAAACAGUAGAUUGAGUAUUGAACUUUUGUUAUUCAGGAAAAUAAACCGGAGGAGGAUUCAGAUGAAGAACUUUCUCCAGAGGAAAAGAGGACAUUGGAAAGAAAGCUGAAGAAAGAGCGCAAGAAGGAAGAAAAGAGAUUAAUGCGAGAAAAAGGGAUCGUAGUUAAGAAAGUAGAAUCUAAGAAACCAUCACCGUCAGAGUUGGCACUAAACUAUUUAACUAGGUAAGUUCAAUAGCUUUGAAGAUUCCUCAAGAGUUGUUGGCUUCCAUCUGUCUCAGAAGACAAUGGAGUGUGCCUUUGGGGUGAAUGUUCAGAAUAUGUCAUCUGUUUUGAACUUGCUACCAAAUUUUAUUUCUGAAGCACCAAGUAGAGGCAAAUUCCAGUUAUUUCAAUGAAACUUGUUUCCAGGAAGUUUAGGAUUAGGUUUAAAUGGUGAUAACUUCAACAGGUUGGUUAAAGUACAAGUUCUUAGAGUUAAGGUUAAUAUUGGGAGACCUACUUCAGUUGGUGUGGGACUGAUGCAAGCCAGACUUUCUGACAAUCCUUUCAACAAGAGCAUAUAAAAUCUAUGCAUAGAGUGAUACAAAAUGAAUGAUUGGGUUACAAAUUGUCUCCUUAUGCUCUCCUAAAUGGCUUUCUUUCUUUCUUAACUUGGUGGCCCCAUAUGCAUAUGCACAAUAUCACAAACCACUUGUGAUCACAAACCACUUGUGAUCACAAUAUCACAAACUCCUUGCAAUUUCAAAAGCAGCGUCCCAUGUGGCAGUAUGAGGAGUGGGACUUGUGUUAUAGAAAAGCAAAUUUAAAUCCCUCAUGGGCUCAUGGAACUGGUUCUGUGUAUGGAUCCCGGCCUAUUUACUCCUCCCAAAUUCCUGGUUUAUUUUGUAUAGUUGUCUCCCACUCUCAAGCUGGCAUUUGUAGGAUGCACAGGUAGCCUCCCAUCCAGGUACUGACCAACCACAGAUCUGCUUAGUUUCAACAUGGUUGUUGUAGCACAUACAUGGUCUGAAAUUAAGUGGGAACCCUUGUUCAGCAAGUAACUGCAGGGAAGUUGAGUGCUGACAUUUCCCUUAACCACAGUUAAUGCAGAAGAGGCAAUUCACUCGCAAGAGGGAAUGAGAAUGGGAAGGGGUAGGGUGUAAAUCUGGAUGCUGGCUCUCAGUUUCUGAAUAGUACUUAGGAGGGAGGCAACGUCAUGUCUGCACUGAUUCCAUAACAAGGUGACAUAAAGCAGGCGAAACCAAUUAUAUGCGUCCUCCUGCAAAAGUGGACAACACUAUUUGUGCCUUGAAUCCCAGAAGAGGUUUGCAAGUGAAGAAAAAGAGAGAGAUCAGAAACCCUAAACCAGACCUUUAGAAACACAUAUCAAAGCAGCAAUAAACCAAAAAGGUUGCAGCACACACUUUGAACAUUCACACAACCUUUGUGCAGUUAGUUAUUUUGUAUUUAAUAAGAUGAUUAAAUGGAGAUAAGUCAUUGUUUUUCCAUAUGCACUGAAAUUGCAUGAAGUGUCUUAAAGUCAUGCAGCUUUAAUGAUUCGAGGCAAAGUAUUACAUGACAUUUGGUUGAUAGAAAAGAGCUAAAAGGGUUGUACAUUUUAGAAAGUUUGGUGAAGAACAAAGCCUUAUAUUUGAAUACCAGGGUUUUAUAAUUAUAUGCCAGGGUAAGUGAGUGGUUCCAGACUUCAAAUAAUGAUUUACUGUAAUUAGAUAUUGGGCCGGGGGGGGGGGGACAACUUAAAAUUCCAGUAGGGGAUAAAAGGGAGAGGGGGUGGUUAAAAGUAAAAAGCUUCCAUAACAGGCUACAGCCAAUUACAGGACCCAGAUAAACACAAAGGUGGUGUUUAUUUUUUCCCAACAGCAACCCAGUUUCCACUCUAAAAUCCAGAAGACUAGCAUGUUACAAAAUAUAGGUUACCACAUGAAAUAGCUCCAGUAUCUGAUCUCCAGCAGUACUUAGGACUAAAACACACAGGCAGGCUAAAUGGUUGCUUAUAACUUUUUAGUGUGGAGGGAGAAAAUUAAUUGCCUUCCAAGCUGGGGGAACGUGUGUUUUUUGUGACAUAACCCUCAUAGUGGAGUGAUAGCAAAAUGACAGCAAUAUUCUCAAUAUGGAGCAUAGCUGGGAUUCUUCACCAUUGUUUGAAAUGGCAAUUGGAUGGGCAAGUUAUAUGCCAUCUGCUCAAAAAGUACUCUGGAAUGUACUGGUAAGUGAUUACUGCAGUAUUAGCAGUCAGGUUUGAUGAAUAAAGGAUGAAACUGUGGCCUCUUUUAGUCAACGUUUUAUCUAUUUUGAAUAUAGUCCUAUUUUGAGGACUAUUUUGGGUAUCAUUUUCAACUGACAUUAAACAGGAAAUCACUCAUAACCAGUGUUCGAAACUCCCAUUGUUUUAGGCGCAUUUUGCGACAGGGAAUUUCAUUAGCGUGAGCAGUUUCUGAGUUCUGGGCUCAGUACUGCACCUAAGAUUUCAGAUUAAAACUGCAGAGUGGAAGGAAAGGGAGAACCUUUUUCUGCCUCUCCACAUCCGGCUUCUCUCUGAAGACUGGAGAAGAGACCCUCUUAAGAAUAUUAGGGGGUGGGCAGGGAAGGACUAGACCAUAUGAAAAAUGAACAUAAUAUUUUAACUGCAGUUCAUUCAUUUUCAGCUUUGUGUUCUUGUUAUAAAAAAGUGCGCCUAGACAUUCCGCUGAUGUGCUAAUAACCUAGGUUUAAGAAAGCUCCUAGAUUUCAUCUCUCAAUUUCUAACACUGCUCAUAACAUAUUAAGAUUGGCUGGCAUUGUUACAUCUUGGGAGACAAUGGAAGAGUGUACCUUUGGGGUGAAGUCAAACUAUGGGAUAGUUCCAUGCCUGCUGUCGCUAUAGAGACCGAUACGGGAGAGAUAGGUUUUGUUGCAGCUGUGGCAUAUAAAGGCAUUUGGUUGUGUUGAUGCAGGUUACCAUGACAUUUUCACAGUUUUAAAAAAAUGCCAUUGUACACCUGCAUCAACACGACCAAACGCCUUUAUAUGCCACAGCUGCAACAAAAAACCUAUAUCUCAACAAAAGAGGUUUAAAGACUGUCUCAAGGUAAAUCUAAAAAAAUGUAGUAUAAACACUGACAACUGGGAAACACUGGCCUGCGAGCACUCCAGUUGGAGAACAGCCUUUACCAAAGGUGUCAUGGACUUUGAAGACACUCGAACUCAGAACGCAAGGGAGAAAUGUGCUAAGAGGAAGGCAUGCUUGGCAAAUCUACACUGUGAUCAACUCCCACCCGGGAACCAAUGUCCCCACUGUGGAAGGACGUGUGGGUCCAGAAUUGGCCUCCACAGUCACUUACGAACUCAUUGUUAAAACCGUGUUUAUGGAAGACAAUCUUACUUGGCUACGAGUGAUCACCAAAGAAGAAGAAGAAGACCAUGGCAUUUAUUCUUUCUGCGCUCCUCCCGGCAGUCAUUCUUCCUCUUGUCACUGCUGUGAAUACACAACCUGACUCUCUCCAGGUGCUGUAGUAGUCUGUAAGGGAUUUCCCCAUGGUGGGGUUAAUGUUGCCAAUCUUCAUGUCACUUUUGCAGACAUCUUUGUAACACAGAAUUAGUCUGCCAAAGAACCAGGUGCCUGAAGCCAGUUCCCCGUAGAGCACUUCCUUGGGGAUCCUGCCAUCUUCCAUCCUGUGGACAUGACAAAGCCAACGUAGACGUAGCUGAGGCAGGAGUAUGAACAUGUUGGGAAUGUGGGCUUGGGAGAGCACAUCAUUGUUUGAGGUUCUGUCCUGCCAUGUGAUGCCCGAAAUCUUUCUGACGCAGCACACAUGGAGGGCAUUAAAGCAUUGCUCCUGGCGGGAGUAAGUUGCUCAUGUCUCACUACAAUGAAGCAGUGCGCUCAACAUUCAAGGCUGGUAGACCUUCAUCUUGGUAUUGGUCGUUAGCCUAACAUUCUCCCAUGCUGUUCUGGAGAAAACACAGCCCUGUUCCACACUGCUUUUUAAAGGGAAGGCAUCCAAGGAUGAGCUGUCAUAGUGGAAGGUGCUACACAUGUUCUUGUGGAAGGACAAGCGUCUUGUGGCGCUUAGGUGGGCAUACUAUCAUAUUGAGUAAUGAAGCGUCCUUUUCAGUUGACGAUGUCAAAGUCCUUUGUCAAGUUUUUGGAGGUGAUGUACAAGGGCGACUCUGCUCUCAGCAUUUCUCCUGCAGCUGACGCAGUGUGAAUAUCAAGUUGACUGUUGACCUCUGAGCUUUAAACCGGCUUUGUGACUCAGGAUAAACCCUGUCAGUGAGUAACUGUAAUUUGUUGAGAACUACAUGGGCGAAGACUUUCCCCACAGUACUCAGCAGGGAGAUUUUUCGGUAGCUGUUGCAGUCAUAGUGGUCACCGUUGUUCUUGUAGAGGGCCGGAAUGCUGGAGUCGCACUUGUCUUGUGGCACAGAUCCUGUUUCCCAGCAUUGCAAGAGAAGGCCAUGGAGGUGCAUCAUGAGGGAGGAGUUGAAGCUGGCUUUCAGCACUUCACUUGAGAUUCCUUCCUGUCCUGGGGCUUUAUCACAUGCCUGAUAGUUAAGGAAGGGAGGGACAUCCAGCUCUUCCAAAGACAGGCAGAGUCUGGAUGCUGUCAACUGCUGUGUCAGCAAUCAUGUUUUUCUGCAAGUGCUGUUCUUGAUAGUGCUCAUCUGCUUGCUGCAGUCUGUGAUGAUCUCUCCAGACAAGGUUUUCAGUGGUACGGUUUUCCUGACUAUUGGUCCAAAGGCUUUCUUCAUGCCUUCAUACAUUUUGCAAGUGAGUUGAAUGCUCUGACACAGCUUUAGCCAAUAAUCAUUGGCAUACCGUCUGGCAAUCCUCUGGGCAUCACUCCUUGCCUUUCUCAGUGCAGACUUUAAACAGGAAAUCACUCAUAACAUAAUGGGAUAGUCAUUACAAAUUUCCAUGUUUGAAGGAAACACCUUAAAGUGACUUCCGAUGCUAAUAACACCUUGUAAUUGAAAGGAGUGUGAAUACCUGCAGUAUAAAGAGCAGAUUAAUGAAAGAACUUAGUCAUGCAUGACUAUUUAGAUGAGAAUCCACCUAGCUUUUCAGAAGCCAUGUCAAGCAGCAGCUUUCCACAAAGAAAGCCAACUGGAACCUGUGUUUUGGUAUAACUAAUGCUAAAAGGGUGUUGUAUAAUUUUAAUAAUAAACAAUAAAUAAAAUAAAAUAAUAUGAUGAAUUAAGUUGCGUAGUGUGGUGUUUGUUCAUUCCAGGUAUUGUUCACGAUUACUUGUGUUUAGUUAUUAAGCAGAAAUAUCUGGCAUUGCUUUCUAUUGGCAUCAUAAUCUUUGUGUUGUUGAGCUACACUCUCUUUAAGUCAGUUGAGCCUUUGGAAGGGCUGAAGUUGAAGAAAAAAAUCAACCUCAAAAUUUUGAAAAGCUUCUCAAGUUAUUUGGUUAUCUACAUUUAUCUUGUUUUUUCCCCAAGAGGAGAAGAUGGAAGACUUCUAAGAACUGAUCCAGCUAAGACUUCCUUAUUGGGGGGGGGGUGUAUUUUCAGGAAUGAGAAGACUGAUAAUUCUGCUUUUGAUGUAGAAGAAAACAGGAAAUACUGAGAUAACAUUCUUAACAAGGAAGUAAAAAAAGAAGGGUUCGCCCACAAUUUCCCAAAUGUUCUGUUUACUGUUUUAUUUGGGCUGAUUGUUUUGGAUAGAUCCUUAUGACAAGCAUGUUUAGAUGUUUUUGCAUCAGCCGCAAAAAUAAAAGUGAGUGGGUGGGAAUUGCAAAUGUUAGUCAGCACAUGAUACCUUAUCUAGAAAUGGUCACUUCUGACCUGGGCCAUGUAAACAACUCUCCAGUAUCUGAAAGAACCAGCAGAGGGCAUAAUUAAGUUUUCUCCGGCUCCCUAAUGAAUUGAGAAUAUGUUUGUCCCUUAGUAUGCUUUGGCCAAAAUGCUCAUAACAGGAAAAUACUCUCAAAAGCUUCUGGUGCAUUUUAUUUAAAUAUUUCUUAUUAUUCCUCUUCAGAAAGUGAUUCCUGGGUGGUAUACAACUGAACUGAAAAAAUAUACUGUACCGUGAAUUGCCUAUACAACACACCAUAGAAAAAAGAGCAAGCAACAGCAUUUGAAAAUCCUGAGUUAAAUUUGCUUUUUUAAAAGUUUUAAUCUGGAGUCUAAAAAUAGUAUUGGAUGCCUCCUUAGGUUUUCAACAUGCCCUGCUACUAAUUUUAAACCUUUUUAAAAAAAAGAAAAUCACUUUUUCAAAAUAAUUGUUACAUGCUUCCAGUGUUAGUGAAAAAUUCCUACAGAUGUCUGAAUAGAAUUCACUUUAGGUAAAGAUGGUGAAAGGUGUGGAAGUGUGAAUUGCAGCAAACAUGUACCUAAAUGACCUCCUUCGCAGCUCUGUGUGUUCUAGAGAGGUUCCUGUCUGUCACAUUUAGCAAGUUCUCUUAUUUCCUGGGGGACGCGGGUGGCACUGUGGGUUAAACCACUGAGCCUAGGGCAGGGGUCAGCAAACUUAGUGUGCCUCGGGCCGGUGUCUCCAGCGCCUAUCGCGCGGUGGGCCAGAGGGCGGGGGAGCGCGUGCCCAUAUGCAUGAGCACACGCUAUUUCGGGCGCACCUCCAGGUCGGAGGAGCACCGGAAAUAGCUUGUGCACAGGCCUCCUCCGACCUGGUUGUGCACCAGAAAUAACGCUUUCGCAUGCGCACAAGCUAUUUCCGGUGCACCUCUGACCUGGAAGUGGGCAGCCGCUCAGCGCAGCGCUGGUAAGAGCAGGCGGUGGGGGCAGGCGGCGGGGGUCACCGCAGGCUGGAUAAACGAGUCCCUCGGGCCUUAUCCAGCCCAUGGGCCUUAGUUUGGGGACCCCUGGCCUAGGGCUUGCUGAUCAGGAGGUCAGCAGUUCGAAUCCCCGCGACGGGGUGAGCUCCCGAUGCUCGGUCCCAGCUCCUGCCAACCUAGCAGUUCAAAAGCACGAAGUGCAAGUAGAUAAAUAGGUACUGCUCUGGCAGGAAAGUAAAUGGCGUUUCCGUGCACUACUCUGGUUCGCCAGAAGCGGCUUAGUCAUGCUGGCCACAUGACCCAGAAGCUGUACACCGGCUCCCUCGGCCAGUAAAGCGAGAUGAGGGCCGCAACCCCAGAGUCAUCUGCGACUGGAGCUAACGGUCAGGGGUCCCUUUACCUUUACCGUUUACCUUGUUUCCUGGAGAUUUAUAUAUCCACUGUUUUCUCUGGGUGUGAUGCCAUACUUGUAGUGAUCAAAUGAGGCAUAAUAUGGGGGGCCGGUAGGUGGGUGAGAUGGCCACGUUGCUGAUUUAAGCAUUCACACUGUAGAUCAGCAAUAGUUUGCUCUGUCUCCUAAAUCAGGGUGGUCCAACACAUGGCCCAAGGGCCGCAUGUGGCCUUCAAGGCCUUUUGAGGCGGCCUUCAGCAACAUUUGAUGCCCCACAACAGCCAUUGCACUGCCUUCCCAAAGCUGGGUAAGAAUGGUCUUGGGCUUUGGGCAGGAGUCACAAGGCUCUGACAGGGUUCUAGAGUCCACCUUCCUCCUUCCCAAAGCCUAGUUAAUGCUUUCCCAGCUUUGGGAAGGAGGUAGCAGGGUUCUAGGACCCUACCAGAGACUCGCGCCUCCUUGCCAAAGCCUAGUGCCAACAUCAAAUUUUGGCUUCGCUAUCCCCUCCACCACGUAGCAAGGCAUUGUGCAGCCCAUGGGUUAAUGUUGAAGGACUCCUGCAAGGCACUUGGUAAGAAAGUUGGCCCGCCCUGUCCUAAAUGGAUUUCCUGGUGUAAAUCAUCAUAGCACUAUAAAUCACUAGGAAGUCCCCAUUUCAAAUCUCCCUGUAGACAUCAGGUCAGUAGGCAGACUUAGGCAACCUGCUCACUCAGCCUCCACUGCUGAUAAGCAAUAUGUGGAUAAUUGUACCUUGUAGGGUGGUUGUUAGCUUCAUUGAGCUUGUAUUAUCCCAAAUGCUUUGGAUGUUCCACAGCACUAUAUAAACAGUAAAUAUUGCUGUCAUAUUUUGGACUCCUCCAUGGGAAUGGGGUUGCAGUCUGGACAAGCCACCUAUGAUCUCCAGGCCCUAGUAAAGUGUACUCUCUCCCUGUGGGCCCUCAUGUCUACCACACCACUGUGUUGCCCCUGACUGGUUAGUCUACUUUGGGGCUCUAUUAAAAAACAAAGUAGAUUCCAGAUGUCUAAAGUCUUCCCACCCCCGGAUCAGGCAGGAGAGCAGUGAAACCAAAUCUGGUUUGCCAGUGCUUAUUAUUUAUUUUUCUUUGUUUCCUGCCUCUUGCAUGUGAAACUCAAACCUUCUUAGGACCUAAGUGUGUUGGUUGGUUAGCAUACCAACAUUGUCGGAAGAUGAUGUUUGGCUGUACUUUGAAAGAGGUGCUUAUAUGGCAGCAGCUUCAGUUAUCCUAUAAUAAUGUCUAGGAAUGCCAUGUCUUUUAAACGGGUAUUUGAUCAAAUUGUCCCAGUCAGAUAGCAAAAUUCAGUAAGAUUACCUUGUAUUCCCUGCCAAGUAGGUGGAGAAUUUGCAGUCUCCAACAUAGAGGCAGCAACCAUUUUGCGAGGGUUCCCAGCCCCGGUACAAGUUGGUGGAGUGCAUAUAAGUUUUGUCCCCCAUUCCACCCCUGUUCUGCCUUCUUCAAUUGGCCUAAAAUGGUUGCCGCCCGUAUUGUAACUUUGCAGUGACCAGUUAAGUUUAUAUCAGGCAGAUACCAAUACAAAAUCUUUACUGUAUCUGUUGAAAUCAGCACUACUUCAGAAGGCCAACAAGGUCUUGGCUGUAGCACAAUGAAGGACAAACAGAAGCUUGACUAAUUUGAUUAUCUGAAUCCAAAUCUAAGCAUAAAAAUGCCACAACGGAAGCUUAAAUGUUUGUUGAUUAAUCCGAUAAAUUAUUAAAAACAGCAGACCAGUCUACAGAUUUAAGAUUAUAAAUACCACACACAGAAAUACCUAACUACAAAUGCCUCACAUUGUUUUAGGAGAGAGUCAUGAGAAGGGAAACUUGUUUCUCACACAAAUAUAUGCAGUUUUCAUUAAUUAAUCAUCUAGAACUAAUAUGAUUUAUUAAGAUUUCCUUAUUUGAGUGACAGCCCUAGUAACAAAUGAUUUUUUCAGGGUGGGGUUGGGGAGGUUGCCACAGCUGACCUGGUUUCUCAGAUCCCAGAAAAAUUUACUUUGUGGCACAGAAACACAACACUCUUUCCUUCCUCUGCCCCUUACUAGCAGGAAAUAUGAAUACAUAUUUGUGUGUAUUAUAGUUCUUUUAAAUAGUGUGUUGUUUCAUAUUUUAUUGAAUGCUUUGUAAAGUCUGGAUUGAGCUUUUUAAAAUUUUCCCUGUCCUAGAUCCAUCACAGCUAUCAUGCUGCCUUGAAUUAUUGUUGUUUGCCUGCUUGAGUCAUGGAAAUUUAUCUAAUGUUGUGUGGUUACAUUUAUAUAAUGCAUCAUAUUUUAAAACAUGUCAACAGUUUAUAUGACCGGCCAAGAGGCCCAUGCUGAGAAAAAUCUGGACUUAAUUAUGUAAAGCUAACUCAGUCUCAGCAGGUGUGUCUAACAAUAUACUUCUAUCAAAAUUUUGGGCCCCUGUGGGACUGCUUUCUCUGCCUCUGAGAACAUAAUUUUUUUGGUUCUACUGACCUUUCUCAACUCAAGUUCGUCAGUGAGGAGCUUCUUGUGAAAGAUGUCAGUUUAUUACACUUGAAUCUAUCAACAUUUUCUUUAAUACUUGUUUCAAGAAAACUUAUGUUCUAGUCUAAGAAGUUAGGAUAAAUUAGUGUUUUCUUAACUAAGAAGUUAGUACAGUGGUGCCUCGCAAGACAAAAUUAAUUCGUUCCGCGAGUUUCUUCGUCUAGCGAAUUUUUCGUCUUGCGAAGCACGAAAUCCCAUAGGAAUGCAUUGAAAUUCAAUUAAUGCGUUCCUAUGGUCAAAAAAAGUCCAAACAAAGCCAAAUUUGGUACAACAAAAGUUUAUUAAGUGCUCUUUAAAGUCACACAUACUGUAAAGAGCAUUUCAAAAAUUGAAGGAACAAUAAAUUAAGUUUCUAAACAUGACAGAAAAACAUUUAAAAAUCAACAAAGUGUACAGUACAUUUUCUAAGACUCUGGGGAACCACUCGAAGAAGGUUCCUCUUCCACUCUUUGCUUCUUGCUGAAGAACCUGUCCAUGGUCUGCUGCUUCAUCCGCCUUUUCAGCACCUCCCUGAAAGGCGACAUGACCAUCGUAUCAAAAGUGUUUGCAAGGUCAUGUGCCACGUGCUCGUUAGGGUGGUGCCGCUGUGCAAAAGCCUGCACAUCCUUCCACUUCAUGCAAAUGUCCCUCAGUUCUUUGGAGGACAGCCGUUCCUCAGUUGCUUCCUCCUCUUCCAGCGAGGCCUGCUCCUGCGCAGCCUCUGCCUGCAGUUCGACCAGCUCCUGGGUGGUCAGCUUGUGGUCGUGCUCCUCCACCAGCUCGCAGACGUCCUCCUCUGUGACCUCCAGGCCCAUGGUCCUCCCCAAGGCAACAAUUUCCUGCACCACUGUUGACUCUGGUGCAUCAGAGUCACUUGGUGCCACACAGUCCGGCCACAGGCUGCGCCAAGCGCAAUUCGAAUUUCUCUGGCUGAUCCCGUUCCAGGCCAUGGUGAUCAUCUACAAGCAGGUGACGAUGUCGAAGUGGUCCUUCCAGAAUUCCCGCAGGGUGAUGGUGGUGCAAUCAGUCACCUCGAAGCAUCGCCUGAAAAGCUCCUUGGUGUAGAGUUUUUUUGAAAUUGGCGAUGACCUGCUGAUCCAUCGGCUGGAGCAGUGGCGUGGUGUUAGGCGGCAGGAUCAUGAUGCUGAUGAAGCUGAAUUCCUCCAACAAGUCCUCCUCAAGGCCUUUAGGAUGAGCAGGAGCAUUGUCCAUCAGAAGCAAAGCCUUCAGUGGCAGGUCGUUGUCCAGCAGGUACUGUUUGACAGCAGGGCCAAAAGCAAGAUUGACCCAGUCCACAAACAGCACACAUGUGACCCAAGCCUUACUGUUGGAUCGCCACAUGACACUCAGCUGCUCCUUGUCGACCUUGUGUUUCUUGAAGGCCCGUGGGUUCUCCGAGUGGUACACCAGCAGGGGCUUGAUCUUCAGGUCGCCGCUUGCGUUGGCACAGAAGAGCAGGGUCAGACAGUCCUUCAUGGGCUUGUGGCCAGGCAACUUGGCCUCCUCCUGUGUGAUGAAAGUCCUUUUGGGCAUCCUCUUCCAAAACAGCCUGGUCUCGUCGCAGUUGAAGACCUGCUGUGGAACGUAGCCCUCCGUCUUCACAGCCUCCAGGAACUCCAAUGCAAAGUCUUCAGCCGCAGAAACAUCAGAACUGGCAGCCUCUCCAUGCCUGACCACGCUGUGGAUUCCAGAUCUUGUCUUGAACCGGACAAACCAGCCUCUGCUUGCCUUGAAGACUUCUGGCUCGCCUGAGAUUCCUGGCUGUUCCCGGACGAGGUCUGCGUGCAAGGCCUUGGCCUUCUCACAAAUGACGGCCUCAGUCACUGUGUCCCCUGCACGCUGCUUCUCUUCUAACCAGAUGAGCAGCAACUUCUCGACCUCCUCCAGAACAGCUGGGCGGUUCUUCACGAUCCUGGUGACUCCCUUGGCUGCAUCAGUCUCAAGGAUCUUCUCCCUCAUCUUCAGGAUGGUGCCGAUGGUCGAUGGGUUCCUGCCGUACUCCCUGGCGAGGUCUGUCACAUGCAUUCCACCAUCGUGCUUCCGGAUGAUCUUCUUCUUCAUUUCCAGCGUCACCUUCUCCUUCUUCCUCUCGCCGGCCUCUGCAGCAGCAGUCUUCUUGGGUCCCAUGGCAGCACAGCUCCUAGCUUCGUAAACUCAGGAAAAAAAAAAUCAGUGCUUCACACCCAAAAAAUUCAAAAGCACCCAGCCACCCACCACACAGGAAUUCAAACCCAGAACCAAGUCCUUGAAUUCCAAACACCCAACCCAAAAUCCAAAACCCCCCCAAAAAGUUUUAAAAGUUUAACUUACGAAAUGGCUGCAAAUCACCAAAGUCUUCAAAAUCCUCAAAUGGCUGCAAAAGAAGUUUUGGAAAAGCUUUAAAAAUCACCAAAGUCUUCAAAAACCUCAACUGUUCCCCCAGCCACCCACCCACCACACAGAAAUUGCAAACCCCUCCCCAGCUGUUGCAAACCCCUCCCCAACUGUUGCAAACCCCUCCUCAACUGUUCCCCCAGCCGCCCACCACACAGAAAUUAAAAGCCAGAAAUUUUUUAAAACAAAAACAACAAUUAAUUAUUAUUAUUAUUAUAGUAUCUGAGAAGCUGGCGACUCACCUCAUGUGCAUAGAGUGGUGGGUUGCUUUUGAAAGAAAAAUAGUCAAAGGGUGUAGUCCACUUGAAAGUUCUCCUGCAGAAUAGUGUUCUUGCACACACCCCAUUCAUUUCAAUGGUACUUGUAGAAGUUAUCUUCAAAAAUUCCACUAUGUGCUCCUAAAGUAGUUCUUUGUGCUUAGGUAGUAUCUCAUUUUUAAAAUUACCAGAAAAAUAAGAAACUAAUCUUUCUUUAUACUUCUUACCAGAUUUGUUUCCCAUUUUCUGAUAUCCAAUUAAUAUGGGGCCACAGGAAAUUAAAUUACCAAACUGAAUGCAUGUUUAACUGUUGGAGAUGCUGAGUUAUUUAUUGUCUGCAACCUUGUUCUCCUACCAUCGUGUCUGCAUACAGCAAAGCUGUCACAAUAUUUAUGCAGUUUUUUCGUUUCAAACACACUCUUUGGGGUUGCAGCAUACAAUAGUGAAUGGUAUGAAGAAUAAUAAUAAUAAUGCCUUAGGUCUCUGCGUGAAAAAUACCUGCUGCUUGCAGAGUCAGCUGGUGUUGUUUCUGUUGCUAAUAGGAGGGGCCUAAGGCCAAAGUACAAGAGAGUAUGUGUUUUGCAAAACACCAUCAAGACUUGGAUCUCAAAAAAUCAUUUACUCGGGUUAAGUCAGUAAGGCUAGUAAUGCCAGGGUUGAGGACAGUGUCCUACAUUUCAUUUCCUUUUCCAUAUUCCCAGUGCUAUUUUCUAGAAAAAGAGAUGCUGAAGCUCACCACCCGGAAAAACCUGGACUUAUUUUUUUGUCCGGAAACUCAUUUUUGGGAAUAUGGCAACCCUAUGUGCCACAGUUGCCCAGAUAUGAUUAGUAGUAGGAACACUGGAGCCACUAAGACCAUUUUUUUGUUGUUUAGUCGUUUAGUCGUGUCCGACUCUUCAUGACCCCAUGGACCAGAGCACGCCAGGCACUCCUGUCUUCCACGGCCUCCCAUAGUUUGGUCCAACUCAUGCUGGUAGCUUCGAGAACACUAUCCAACCAUCUCGUCCUCUUGCGUCCCCUUCUCCUUGUGCCCUCCAUCUUUCCCAACAUCAGGGUCUUUUCCAGGGAGUCUUCUCUUCUCAUGAUGUGGCCAAAGUAUUGGAGCCUCAGCUUCAGGAUCUGUCCUUCCAGUGAGCACUCAGGGCUGAUUUCCUUCAGAAUGGAUACGUUUGAUUUUCUUGCAGUCCAUGGGACUCUCAAGAGUCUCCUCCAGCACCAGAAUUCAAAAGCAUCAAUUCUUCGGCGAUCAGCCUUCUUUAUGGUUCAGCUCUCACUUCCAUACAUCACUACUGGGAAAACCAUAGCUUUUACUACACGGACCUUUGUUGGCAAGGUGAUGUCUCUACUUUUUAAGAUGCUGUCUAGGUUUGUAAUUAGAGAGUGCAUUAAAUUUUGAGCUUGGUAAUCUUACCUUUGGUUAAAAAAAAAAAAUCGUUUUACCGUUUGCACUGUGAAUUUCUGUUUGAUGCUGCUGCUGAAGGAUAUUCUUGAUAGGGAUGAUGCCACCUACAGGAAGGACCAGGCAGAGUCCCCUGAAGCCUUUUGCCUCCUCUCAAGGGGAGAGGCUAAGCCGCCCCACCCUGCAGACCCACUGUUGAACAACCCCUUGACCCCUAAACUUGAGAGUGGAGCAACAGCCUUCUAUCUACAGAACUAGCAAUUCAUGCACAGCAUGUUCUUUACCGGAGAUCAUCUGGGGUGGGGGAAGGGACUGAAGGCUUUAUUGCACAAGGGUGUAAUUAACGGCCUGUUGGUGAGGAACAAACUGCACAUCUCCCUAGUGCACCUUCUUUCCCAGAGAACUGAUUACUUUAUUUGUAGAUCAUCUUGCGACCUUCCUUAGGAUAUAAAUAUGCUGCAGGCCAUAUUAGAAAUGAGCAGGAGAGAGAAGCAAAUAAGAACAGAUUAAGAGCAGGUGCUAGUUCUGUAUGUCCAUUAAGAAAAAUACUUCCACAGGGUUGGGACUUUUAAGCAAAACUAUAUUGGAACCUGAGCAUGUUAUGAGACAAUUUUGCAUGAUUAAAAAAAACAGGUCUUACUCAGAGCUCGUUCCUAGCCUUACUCCUCAAAGGCUCUUCCUCCUUGAAGGCACCUGUGGCUGUUAGGGAGAAGGCACAAUCUUGCUACAUUUGCUCUCCUGUAGUAAAAGAGGAAUUCUGAGUGAAGAUGGUGAUGUGUAAUGUUGCUUGUCCUUGAGCUCUGGGAUCUGUUUUAAUUUGUUUUUAUUUUGAAUAGUUCUAAGGUCAGUUGCAACAUACUGGCAAAGUGGAUCUGUUGUUUUGGUUUAAUUAUUUACUUGUGUUUUAUCUUGUAUUUUAUUCUGUGAACUGCCCUGGGAUCUCUUGAUGAAGAGCUAUAUAUGAAUUUAAUAAAUAAGAAUAUAUGUUUAGUUUUACAUUUAGUUUAAGUGGUUUGGUUUCAUUUGAAUGACAGUAAUGGCUGUAUAGCACACAGAGUGGCCCUCUAUACACUAGCUGGGAAAAAAAUCAGGAAAAAAUAUUGAAAUAAAAUCGCUAUAAAUAGUAGUAGUGAUUUGGAGGUUUAAUUUGAAAUCAAGCUGGAUUUGAAUUUGUUGGUGUUUCUGGUAACCUCCCUCUUACCUCAUGGCUGUUGGUUCAUAUUAUGGAUGUAUGAUCUGUAUUGCUUUAUUGGUACUUUUGCUGCAGGUUUGUCAUUGCCUUUGGCUAGAAGAAUAAACUUAUAUUAAAAAUGAAUUGUAGUAGAGAAGGUUCUGAGGAUGUCUGAAAAGCGACUACAUGUUGCUUUAUUAGACAUUUCCAAAUUAACUUACUUUAUUAGGACUUCAUUUUUUAAAAAAAUACAAUAAUCUGGUAUUUCCUCCCCCUGCUUCAGUCUGGUCCAUGAGUUUAUCUAAUCAUAAACAUUCUCAGAUAAAAUAUAACAGCUGUAAAACUGAAUUAAUAUUGAAGCUAGCCAUCCUGCUGUGAGCACUUCCUCCAGCACAUAAAAGUACGUAACAGGUGUUAAAUAUCUGAGUACAAAGCUCAUAUUUCUCUGCCUGAAUCCUUCCUGCAAAAUAGCAGUUUAAUUUGCAAAUUUCAUUCCAACAAAAUACUUUCCUUCUUAAUGAUUCUCAUUUCCAGCAAAAUAAAAUGUUGUGUAAGUGAAUUUUCUUAGCAAUUCAUUAAACUUCAGGAUAUGUAGUAAUUAUGUUAGUUUAAUUGACAUUUGCACUAUGCACAAUGCAAGAAGCUCUAAAUCAAGCAAUACUUGAUGUGGAUUUUCUGUGUCUCUGAACAGUUCUUUACUAAACUUGAAAAUGUCGCAAAAGGGAAAUGAAUCAGCAUCUGGCUAAAUCUAGAAACUGACCUUCAGUUUGAGUGUUCACACUCUUAACGUAAUCAGGGACACUUAACAAAUGGCCAUUGCGUAUUUGCAUCAGACGUCUCUUCGCCUUCAUACAAACAGCUCCAUCAAAUCUACUUAUCUGUAUGCAAAUUUUCUUUUUAUAUGGAGGUGCAUUCCAUCUAUGAGUGUCAUACUGCAGUCUUGACACUAGUUUAUCUCAUCUGUUAUUAGUGAGAAAUAGGGCAGAAUAUCACUGUCCUGUGCUAUAGCAUAACCACAUGAAAUACUGAACUUUGAUUACUGGAGGGAUUGCUCAGUUGGUAGAGCAUGAGACUCUUAAUCUCAGGGUUGUGGGUUUGAGCCCCACAUUGGGUUAAAGAUUCCUGCACUGAAGGGGUUUGGGCUAGAACAGGGGUCAGCAAUCUUUUUCAGCUGUGGGCCACUCCACCGUCCCUCAGACCAUGUGGUGGGCCAGACUAUAUUUUGGGGGGAAAUAUGAAUUCCUAUGCCCCACAAAUAAUCCAGAGAUGCAUUUUAAAUAAAAGCACACAUUCUAUUUAUGUAAAAACACUAGGCAGGCCCCACAAAUAACCCAGAGAUGCAUUUUGAAUAAAAGGUCACAUUCUACUCAUGUAAAAACAUGCUGAUUCCCGGACCAUCCGGCGAUUGGGCGGCAUCCGGGCCCCAGGCCUUAGGUUGCCUACCCCUGGACUAGAAUGAUCCUUGUGGUCCCUUCCAACUCUACAAGUCUGUGAUUUCUUUCUUUCUUUCUUUCUUUCUUUCUUUCUUUCUUUCUUUCUUCCAGAGGAGGGUCAAACCACACUUCAUGUGGGAAUACUAUAGCUAUGAUUCUUAACAGCUUUUUAAUUUACAAAUAGUAGCUGGAAAGACGUAGCCCUUAUCCAAACUGGUGUGUCCCACAUCAACUGCCCUUGGCUGAUUUUUGUAAUAGAAAAAGAUACUGGGAGUUCCAGUUAUAGAACACCCACAUCACAUGUGCUUUGACCCUAACUUGGGCAAGAAUCCAAGGGGCUGGUUUAGAUUGCCCAGUGGGAUUUUAAAAAAACUUUUAAAAAUUAUAGUCUUUAAAGAACAGGCACCACUCUAACAUAUGGGGUCUAUGUGUGAGUGUGUGCAUGUGUGAGGAAGAGAGAGAGAGCUGUCCAUUUAAUAAAUCAAAUGUUGGUCAAGUAUUUAAAAGAGUAAUUUGUCCAGAUUAUAGAGAGCUCAUAAACAAAAACAUUAGCCCCACUGCCAAGAUCCCAAAAAACAGUGCAUCUCUCUUUCUGGAUCCUUGCCCAAGUGUUCCUUUGCAGAUACUGGUUCCAGCUGCAUUUUCUCUGCAUUCCAGUACAUAUUGUUACGUAUUGUGAAUUAUUAAAUAAUGAGGGAUCUCUGUCUUGCCACUGGUGCUUACAUAUUUCUCUGAGCUGCUCCAGUCAUCGACCCUUUCCACUUUCUGCAGGAAGUGUUUUUGUGGCACACAGGCUCAGUGUGUGGAGUGGUGUAAAACACUUUAAAACCAUGUUGGCAAAUCAAAUGGGUAAAAUAAAAAUUUAUCUGAAAAGAUAUUUGUUGACUUAGUGUGAUUUACUAACAUUUUCCUUGCUGAACAGUUUUAUACUACGUCUUGUAAAGAAUUAAUAGCUCUGACUUACUCCUGGGAAACAUGAAAGCUCCUCGUUUAUGGCCCAGCCCUGUGAAAUACACUAGUCCAUCCUUGUUCCAGUGAAGCAUUUAAGCUUGUCAACCAAAGAUAAAAUUAAAAUUUAAAACAGCUGAACAUGAUUAUUAAUCAUUCAGCUCCAGGGAGUCAUUAAAAUUUCCCAACCUCUGAGUACAAAUAAUAGAUUACAUCUAUAAAUACAUGAAGAAUUUUCAUACAGUUAUUACUUCUUCCAUUUUUCAUUAAAGGGGUGGUGCCAGAAAAGGUGUAGUUAGUUUUAGAAAUGUAGAUAUCUUAGUACAAAGUGUUCCUUCUUUUUCUUCUGAGUUCAUCUGCCACUGCCACAGGAACAAAGAUGGGGGGAAAUGAGAUUUCUCUUUUCAGUUCGGGAAUAUUUUUGUGUUUAAAUUCUUCGAUAAACUUUCAGGCUGCUUGAAAAUUUCUUAUGAAUGUCUGCUGCAUUACUUUCUUUGUACCUUAUUUUGGAAUUUGAGAAGUGAAGGAGCCUAGGCCAGGAAGCACACAUACCAUCAGCUCCUGAAAGAACCAUCAAGGACCUGAAAGAGAUGUUGAGGCAGUUCCUCUUCCACCAUCCCUGGGGCUGCAACAGACCAGGGAGCACACGUACUAAUGGGUCCCAGUUGGCCUGAGAAACCCCUGUCACUCUAAAUUUGUCUUUGUGCGUGUUUCAAAAUUCUAUAUCACAUUGGGUGACUUGGCAGAAAGGCAGUGCAUAAUUCCAUUAAAUAAAUAAUUGCAGGACCAGAUCUGUAUGUAGCAUAAGCUCUAUUGAAUUCAUGCCUGAGUUCCCUGUUUGUCCCAUUUUGCUUGGGAAGUGAAAGAGAAAUGCAAAAUAGGUGAGCCACUGUGUUUUUGAACAAUGUUUUGUUGACGCUGGAGUGCACCAAGUUUUGAGCGACUCAGAACUUUCCACCAGUUGCCGUGGCUAAAAGUUGUUUUAAAAGUUGCCUCAAAAGCUAACAAGCCACAUUCAGGGUUGCUGAAAAUUAAAGAUUGGUCUGGUCUGUACCAUGGAAGGUGGCCUGCUAGUUAUCCUGGUCCCAGGUUGUAUGCAACUUUAAGAUCUUUUCAGGAGACCCUGCUGUACCACAGGGAUGUCCAACCGGUCAACCGCGAUCGACAGGUCGAUCCUCGGGUGAUAGCAGGCUCAUUUUCCUUUGCAGGGGGGAAAGAGCAUCCGUGUGCAUGCCAUCCUGACCUGGCAAGCGUCUCUCAUUGCUCGGCCACCAGCACUGGCGCCCUGCUACGCUGGUGUGUAUGAAGCCCCUGCCAGCAGGCUGCGUCGACUUCACUCCAGCAGGAGGCUUCACGGAUCCCUGGGCGUGCUGGUCUACCCAUGUGAUUGGGCGUUGGUAGACUGUUCCUGGUGCCUGUCCUCUUCCCCGUGACAGCUCUACCGAAGGCCUGCCUAAGUGCUGUAUCGGAGGUGAGGUGAGAGCGGCGGUGUGUACAGUGGUACCUCUGGUUACGUACUUAAUUCGUUCCGGAUGUCCGUUCUUAACCUGAAACUGUUCUUAACCUGAAGCACCACUUUAGCUAAUGGGGCUUCCUGCUGCCGCCGCGCCACCGGAGCACAAUUUCUGUUCUCAUCCUGAAGCAAAGUUUUUAACCUGAGGUACUGUUUCUGGGUUAGCAGAGUCUGUAACCUGAAGCGUAUGUAACCCGAGGUACCAGUGUAUAUUCUUUUGUAAGUGAUCUAUGGUCCCCCCCCCAAAAGCAGAAGAACUGUGGCGCCCACCCCAAAAAAGCUCAACAAUUUUGGCCUGUCCACCCCCUCCAAAAAAGCUCAAGAAUUGUAGCCUGGCCCCCGAAAAGAAGCUCAACAGUUUUGCUCCCCUCCCCAUGGGUAGAUCACUGUCGGUUUUUUAUUCCGGGAGUAGAUCGCAGUCUCUUGGGAGUUGGACAUCCCUGCUGUAUCACUUGAUGACAACACAGAAGCAGGCCUUUGUGUUGAUACAUUCAAUCCUAGAACACCCUCUUUCAGGUAAUUUGUGAGGCAGAGACAGUAAUGACCAUUAAAUGAUACUUUAAAACUUUUAUGUAUACCCAAGUUUUCCUGCACUCUUAGUUUUUAAUUUCUUUGUUUUAUAUAUGGCUCAGUUUUAUUUGUAAGAAUUGGCUGCAUUUUGUUUUUAUCUCAUUUUUAGGAAAUGUUAUUUAAGAUUGUGCUUUUAUGUAAACUUCUUAGAUAUUUUUGUUAAGUGAUAAUUUUUUUAUAAAUAAAGCAUCAGCAGCUGUCAGUACAAAAAUAUUAUCAUUUCUGUUCUGCAUUCUUAAAUAAUGCAUGCUGCUUAUCACCAAAUAAGUUGUUAAAAUUUGUCCUAACUCUCAGGAUACAGAGCAGGUUAAAAGUCUAAAGCCACAAACACACUUAUAUAGGGUAAGUUUUGUAUUUCACUUGAAUGCAUUUCUGCAAAAUUUGCCUUCAUGAAGAUGCAAGAACUGGGUGCUUUCUUUUUUUACCAUUAUAAUCCCUAGUUUUCCCUUUGUCCAUUAUGGUGGAGGAAGGACUGACUAAUAGAAGAAUACACGGCCUAAAAUUUUAUUAGAAACAUCUGUUCAUUCAUAUUAGGCCGUGCCUGAUUACCAGUAAGUCUUAAUCAGGGUGAUGUACCUUCUAACAGCUACCCAGUUUCAAAUCUCUUAAAAUAGACCAAGCAUGAGAGUAAACAGCACAAGUUCCUUACGAAAUGUGCCUGGUUGUAAUCUGGUCUUUGGCAUCCUAGCAACGCCCAAAGUCAUCUGAAGAGUUUCAGAUCUCCAGUUGCUUUAUAGCUCCUCUGUUCUUUUUACUCAUUUUUAACUUGAGUGGUGUUUUUUAUGAUACAGCAGAAACACUUCAGAAAGUUAUCUUAAUAAUUUUGCUGUAAUGUCAUACUGAUGGCGAGAUGCUCAUAUUAUAAUGCUACAUUAGAUCUUGUAAUGACAACAUCAGACAGCGUCAGAUUAUUAACGUUCUUCUGCAGGUUUCUGUUGGAUAGAAUAUCUUUCCUAGAGAUUGUGUGUAGACAAGUUUGAUACUACCUGGGUUAGUAUCAAAAAGUAUCUUAGGAUUUGUUGGCUGCAUUUGUAGGUAAUGGUUUAGCAAGACAUGAACAAGCCUAACCACCUUCCUGGCUAACACACAUUCUCCUCAUCCUACUGCAUGGCUGGAAAGGAGUAGUUCAGAAGCUCUUCAGCCAAACUCCUUGUUCUGAAAGAUUCUGGGAGGUGUUCCUGCGCUUACAUUGCACAGGGUGCUGUUGUGUCUCACCAUUGUGACCAUGGACUGAAGGUGUGAUUUUGAGCACCUAAUACAGAGAGAGAGAGAGAGAGCGAGCACUUCAUUGCGGUCCAUAGACCCAAAAUACACAGUACAACAAUAGAAUAUAUUAAAAGUUAUUAAGGUGUAAGUUCGCUCUUGCUAGCCAACGGGGGAAUGUUUAGCCAGUACAUACUGUACAGUGGUACCGCCGGUUACGAACUUAAUCCAUUCUGGAGGUCCAUUUGUAACCCGAAACUGCUCGUAUCAUGAGGCGCACUUUCACUAAUGGCGCCUGCUGCGCUGCCGGUGUGUGACUUCCGCUCGCAUCCUGGGGCAAAGUUCGCAACAAGGGGCAUCUACUUCCAGGUUAGCAGAGCUCAUAACCCAAAGUGUUUGCAAGGAGUACAGUACGUAACACGAGUUUCCACUGUACAUAUAAGCCAAAUUUCUCCUGUUGUUUUUCCUCUUAAAACUCAAAUGAGGCCAGGAAGAAGGGGGGAGGGUGGAAUCCUCUCCAAAUGAAAAAUAAAUAAAAAAUGAAACCAACCAGAAAACCCUCUAAUCCGUUGGAAACAUCCAAAAUAAGCUGUCAAGCUUAGCCAAGCUCAGAUCUGCUCCCCACCAAGAAUAUUUUUAAUGCAUGUAUCAGACAGUUUGUGACAUUGUGGUAUUGCGGGGGAAGAAGAAAAUGAGACAGUAUUAUGCCUUUUUUUUUUUUUUUACAUUCCCCUGAGGCUGGUAACAUAUCCAUCGCCUGGUGGUUGUUUUAAAAAAAUGUGUAUAAAUGAGAGGGAUUAGCCACCCUGUUUGUAAAUGAUCCCGCAUGCUUGAGCGAUACUCGUGCCAGCAGUUGGGGCCCACUUUCCCCUCCGCAGCUACCCCCCAAGAUGUUCGUUGUGGGAGGGAAAUGAAAAUAAGUUGCUUUUCCUCUUUCAUGUUGCAGUGUUGCCUAAUCAGUGCUGACCUCAACCCUGAAGCUGACCAGAAUUAGGUGUAAGAUAACAUGGACAUCUGGACAGAACUAUUAGCACAUCUGCAUUGUCUCAUAGUCAGCACAGAAUAAAAAUAAGUAGUCUGAUAAGUAUUUUAAUGCUAUGCAGAUAAUGGCUUUACUAAUUCUGCACAGCCAGGCUGGGAUAGCAGGCUUGUUGGUUUUUGAAUGUCUGAUGUAGAUUUUUUUCAAUUUCAUUGUUCUGUAUGGGACAAUGACAAUAAAGAUUAUCAUAUUGAAUCGUAUGUAGUGGGGACACAAAUUAACACAGGACUGGUCCAUGCAAUGAGACCCUGGGGCACACCUCUCAUAUGGCAGCCUUUUCAGUCCUUUGCAUGCCCCUGUUUGGACAUGAUGCUCAGUGCAUAGGUGUCUGAUGGAGCAGCUGGCUUUCUCCCAAACCCACAUGUAGGUUUUACACAGUGUUUGCACAAUAAUGCCACACACAUGGGCAGCCUAUAAGCUAAAUGACUUCCAGUUGAAGGAGGUGGGUGAUAGGAGUCAUACUGACAUGGUAAUGUAAUCAUUUCCCUGUUAAAUUUCCUUGGUUUACUGUGUGCAGGUCUUUCUCUUACGAUUGGACCUAGUAGCUACUGCUGUAGUUACUAAUCACAGAAGGUAGAAGGUUUAUAUUCAGCAUUCAUCCUUUUUUUAUGCCCUUUAUGCCCUUCUUUUUGCAGUAACAACAAGAGUCUGAAUCCCCAUUCCCACCUUACCAGGAGCAUAUUUGCAGGGGGGUCAGAAGGAAGCAGAAAGCCUCCAGAAUCUAUUUGCAGUGUGAGGCACUUUGCUUAGACAUGUCCAUCAUUGGUUGGAUGUCAAGAUUUGUAUUGUAUCGUUUGUAUGUAUUUUCAUGGAUCUGUUUAUUCUUGGCAGCCUUCUUGGCUGAAAGGUGGCAUAACUUAACAAGAUUGGAUACUCACUUUUUCUUCUGUUCUGAACAGAGGGUAGGAGCAAAUCUUUUCACUCUGUGAGCAAGUGCAGAGAUGGCUGAUGUAAGUGCCUCUUUUCCCAGUGGAGGGGGGCACACCUGCACCACCUCGUAGUUCUGUCUUUUAUUCUGCUCUUUUAUAUGUCACAGUCAUUUUGUGUUAUGCCACAGUCCCACAACAGCCAUUUUGUGACCAACGCUGAUGGCCCUUUUUCAAAAUUUCAAAUGCGCCCAUGGGCCCAAAAAGGUUCCCUGUUAAUCUUUGCUUUGAAUUCCAAGCUCAAUAUUGAAAUGAAGGGUUGCAGUGAUUGACAUUUGCAAGACUGCUCUGCUUGAAAAUUUAUUUUGGACACACCUGGAGGCUUACAUAUGUCCAAUAAAUUGUGGCAACUUAUUGAUUCAGUAGUAGAGCUGUUGUUGGAGCUGCUGUUGGAGAGAGAGAGUUUGUUGCGUAUGGCACCUUACAGACCCCGAUAAGCUUACAGUACAGUGGUACCACGGGUUAAGUACUUAAUUCGUUCUGGCGGUCCGUUCUUAACCUGAAACUGUUCUUAACCUGAAGCACCACUUUAGCUAAUGGGGCCUCCCACUGCCGCUGUGCCGCCGGAGCACGAUUUGUGUUCUCAUCCUGAAGCAAAGUUCUUAACCUGAAGCGCUAUUUCUGGGUUAGCGGAGUCUGUAACCUGAAGCGUAUGUAACCCAAGGUACCACUGUUUAACAUUCUACACAAGGCAAAAGACAGAAAGGUGGAAGCUGGGGAAGUGUAUGCAUUUAUUUCAGAUACACAUACUUUGGCUUAAUUAGGAUAUAGUGUCUAUGGGGCUGUGCCAAAGACUUUUCAAACUUUGAAUUCAGUUAGUGUUCUGAAGCUAUUUUUUGUGCUAUAUUAUAUAUUUCUUUCCUCAUUGUUCCCAUUGUUAUUUAAGAUAGAUAUACAUUGAUUGUAUUGUGUAAGUGCUCUGGCUGAAAAUGCAGCCCAAUCAACCCAUUUUCUGAUAAUUUUAGGGACUUUUGAGUCUAGAAAAGGAAGCGGAUAUUUUUAUAUUUAGUUCUCACAAAGCCCUCCUGGCCAAAUCUUGCGAUUGUACUCAGUUCACUGAGCAAUUUAUUCACUAGGGUAGAACAAAUUUAAUUUGUGGUCUGUUUCAGUGUAUCAGACUUGACAGCGUUUGAACUAUAUUAGCACUCUUGCAGAAUUCCCUUUCCAAUUUAUUUUUGAGUUUAAUAUUACUAUGUCAAGUGAAGAAUCAUACACUAGAUCUUCCUUGCACCCAUACCUCUACAAAAUAGUGGUUGAGGCUGUAGGAACAUUCAAUUUUAAAGUUUCGCAUCUUUAAGUUUUACAUUUCACCAUCCUCUCUCACACACCGAUAAUAUAGACAAAAAAAUCUAUACUAGAAUAUUUUGUAAUGAGAGUUCAACUUCAGUUCUUUUCUUCUCUCUAUGAGCUUGUCCACAUGGGAGUUUAAUGUGCCUCAGCCUUUUUCCCCUGGUGCCAACAUAAUAUUCCCCCCUCAUGCAAGUGGCAGCCUGCACCUUUUCCCCAAUUCAGAUUUUGCCAAUCAACAGAUGGUCUGAUGUGGGGAGAGAGGGAUCCAAUACGUGUUACCUGGAUGUAGAUGUGCUGAAGCACAUUAUAAGACCACAUUUUGGUGGGUGAUAUAUGUGGUGGUGUUUCAUUGGGUGGUCUCUAUCACCACACCCUCUGCUUCCAUUUGCUUCUCACCUGAGCACAUCCUAGACAUUUUCAUUUUGUCAACCAAAAGGAAAGGAAGCAGUGUUCCUACUUCCACUUACUGUUGGUGAAGCCACUUUCUCAGUAAAUGCACACAUAUAUUCAUUUUUAAUGCAGCUGUUUUGCACAAAACUGGCCUUUCAGGUCAUAAACAAAAAUCUAUUUGUUAUCCCAUCCUGUUUUGGCUCUGUGUGUGUGUGUGUGUGAGAGAGAGAGAGAGAGAGAGAGAGAGAGAGAGAGAGUGUCAUGCUUCUUAUUUUAUUUGUAAUAUAUACCGAAGGUUUUGUGCAGAUUUACAAUGGCUGUUGAAGGCAACCUCCUCUAAGCCAUCCCCUCUGCUUUCUGUGUGUGGGGAGGAAAGGGUCUAGAGCAUGGGUAGGCAAACUAAGGCCCAGGGGCCGGAUCCGGCCCAAUCACCUUCUAAAUCUGGCCCACAGAUGGUCUGGGAAUCAAAGCGUUUUUACAUGAGUAGAAUGUGUCGUUUUAUUUAAAAUGCAUCUCUGGGCUAUUUGUGGGGCAUUAUUUUCCCCCCCCAGAAUAUAGUCCGGCCCCCACAAGGUCUGAGGGACAGUGAACCGGCCCCCUGCUGAAAAAGUUUGCUGACCCCUGGUCUAGAGAGUGAAGGUACCUCCUUCCACCUGUGCACAUGCCCUCAAAGGACCUCAGGUUUCUCUAACAGAGAAAGCAGUAAUUGAGGGGGGGAGGACAAGGGUCUACCAUCCUAAUAUAGCCCAUCAAGCACUGCCCACUAGUGUGAAUGGGAAAUGUCAAGAUAGAUUUGGGAAGCUUAAGGCUGAAGGUGCUCAUAUGUGGGCAAAGUUAAACAAAAGUGCAUACAGGAAAAUCAGUUCUGUUCAAUCCGUGUACAUAGCACAUGGUUAAACUGUGAAACUUACACAGGAGGCAGAGACGGCUUUAAAAUAAGAUCAGACAAAUCAGUGGAGGAGAAGGCUCCAUGAUGGUUGUGCUCUGCCUCUGCAACUGCAGCAAUGCUUCUGAAGAGCAGUUGUUGGAAACCACAGGAAGAGACAGUGCUCUUGUGCUGAAAUCCUACUUGCGGUUUUCCUACAGGCACCUGGUUGGCUAUUGUGAGAGCAGGAUUCUGGACUUGAUGGACCAUUGCCUAAUUCCAGCAGGCUCUUCUUAAAUGCUAAAGCCUUAGCAUGGAUACAGCCUCAAUUUCCAGCAACAUGCAUUAGCUUUUAGGCCAUGUUUACUCUGUAACAAUUGCACAGAAAGCAGCUUCAUGUUGACACCUGAAACCCUUGAACUAUUUCUGUAUAUUUAAAGUUUGCCAGUGAGAUAUUUUGGAAAGCAUUUGCAGAUAUUGCAAAUAGUUUAAUAUGUACAGUGUGUAAAAUAAAACAGCUAAAAAGACCACAUCUCUUUGGGGCAAAAAAUAAAUACAUACACCUGGAAACACAAAGCGCCAAUCAAACUGUGUUGCCAAUUGAACUCCUUGAAUUUCACACAGCUGGAAAGGGACUGAAACUUCUGAACUGUUUCUGCACUCAGGGACAGCACCAGAGGAGUUUUCCUCCCAACACUGUUGGUGAACCUGUGGCUACUUGAAGGAAAGGUACUUUUCACAUGCUUCUAUCCUCCCAAUCUCUGUGUUCUCCAGUGGUUUUCCCCCUCCCUAGUGCAAUCUCUGUUUGAACUAAGGUAUGGUUUUGGAAGGUUUGAGGCUCUCAUUUAAGGUUGCAUGAGAAACAGAAGAUCAUUUUCUUUUUUUAUAUUAUAAUGUUGAAUUACUUCAAUUUAUUUCUCUUCUUUCAGCUGGUCUGAAAAUCCCAAAGAGUGGAAGUUUCAGAAGACAAGGCAAACUUGGCUUCUUUUACACAUGUAUGAAAAAGACAAGGUAUGUUCUGGUGCCCCCCCUUUAAACAGUAGCAAAAUGUGCAUCUUUGUAUAGUCACGGGGCUGAGCAAAAGUCUUGUUGCAUGUUACAUGAUAAAACAAACUACCAGCACAUAGUUAAUCAUUAAUUUGUUAGAUUAUACUGCAUAUUCCUAACCCAUGGCACGGCACCUCCUCCUGUGCAGAUUGAGCAGAGUCACUUACAGCCUUUUACAUCCUCUCCAAGGGGAGGAGGCAUCCUGCGCUCCAGAGUGAGCCUAAGGUCAAAGGAAUUUGGGUCUAAAAAGUUCUCUUUAGAGGCUUUCCUUUUGUGAAGUCUCCCACCCUCUGUUUUAUCUGCAAUCUACCCUUCAUUCUGACACUUCAUUUUGAACUUUUCCCACAGUCUGUGUUGUCACGUUUCCACUCCUUUUUAUGUGUGUGGUUCUAUGUCGUCUUUCCCCUAACCCCUCCCUGUUUCCAGUUUGGGCAUGGGGUGAGCUGGCUACUGGUUUCUUAGAAGGCACCGCAUGGGUAUAGUUGGAAAUUAAAAGCCUGGGAUCUGUGCUAUGCCUUUAUAUCCGACUUCCAAGAAUUUCAUCAACAGGAGAAGAAGGAGGGGGUUGGCUUAAUGUGAACUCUCCUAGCCCUCUGUAUUCAGUUCCUUUGAAGACUGUUGGUCCAGUGUGGCAGCAGUGGUGUUUUUAAGGAAAUCGCCAUUGUGUACUUUGUAUUUUUAUCCCACCCUUCCUCCAAGGAGUUUAAGCCAUUGUUCCAUUUUAAAAACAAGAUGUGAGGCAGGGUAUGCUGAGAGAUUUGGACUGACCUCAGUCAUGCAGUACAUUUUAUGGCUGUGUACUUGUAUAAGGGUUUUUUUGUGUGUAGACAAGAGCAAAUAAAAAAUAAAUCAGUUAUCCAGCUAAUACUUAGCUCACAUAUGACCACGUGGAAGGUUCUGAAAAAUGUUUUCUUGGGGUGGUGGUUGCUCCUCAUGAAGGUGAUAAUAUUGAAAAUCUUUGAAUCAGUCCUGUUGCCUGCACAGUCGCCAUGAAAAGUCUUCAGUAAAAAAGAAAUUUUUUCCCCCAAUGGGAGGGAUGGUUUAACUUAAACACCAUUCUGUCUGUGUUGCUGGUGUCUCAACCCAAAGUCAUUGAGUAAUGGAUCCUUCACUUUCUCUUCCUUUUCAUCGUAAAGGUCCCUGAUGAAUAUUUUUCCAUUUUGCUGCGGUACCUUGAAGGACUCCAGGGCAGUGCGCGAGACGUAACUGUGCAGAAAGCAGAAUCUGUCAUGAAGGAAUAUGACAAUUCUGAAAGAGAAGAUUCAAGCCAACUGGAGAAAUGUGAGCGGAUCCGAAAAGUUCUACAGUUGUUAUCAUGAAAACAUCAUCCUAUCAAGCCUUCCCACACCCAUAUAUCUGCAUUUUAUUACAGGACCAGAGCUGAAUAUAGUUCCUAGCCUUUAAACAGUCCUGUGAAAUUCAAACUCUCUUUCAAAAGCAGUGUUUACCCCCAUCUUUGUCCUCUCUCUUUUUAAGCAAAUUGCUUCCAGUAUUGCAAAGGUGAUGAAAAAUAAUUGAUCCAUGUUAAAACAGCAGCAGCUACAAGACUUUGACUCCUACCGGUAUUUUUCUGCUCUUCUUUUGGGAACUAUUUCCUUUAGCUUUUUCCUAUAUAAUUAUUAUUAAGGGUUUUGCAUCUGUGGCAAUUCCCUCCAUAAUAAUGGUUUUAAACCCAACUGAAAUGAUUAACUUCCAUUGAAGCAGCUGAAAUCUUUAAUUGCUUGAGGCGUCUUUAGUCUGUUAACUGCAGGUUUCAUUACUCAACUUGUAGUCAAAGUUGAAGGUCUGGAAGCUGUUGGCUUAUGUUGGUCUUCCUUUAUUUUUCUUGAAAGUUUUGUUUCUUUUAAUCAGCAACCACAAAAUAGUGCUGAAAUGCACACAACUGUAAGAACAACAAUUAUGAGAAGUUUACAGUAAAGUAGACAAAAUAUCAUCACACUUGCAAAGUACAUUUCAGCAAGGCUUACAAAGAACCAUAAAGCACAAAAGUAAUUGUACUGUAUUGAAGAAUGCUCCAAGCAUUAUUUUAAGCUGACAGCAGACAGGCUUCCAGAUAAGGUCCUGUUUUGAAGAUCUUCCUCAGAUGAUAGAUAUCACCUCAAAAACAUUUCAAGGCCCUGAUUGCAGUUUUCAACUGGGAGCUCCUCAGGAAUUUUUCUCCAAGAAGUUACUCGAUUCCCAGAGGAUAAUACCACUUCAAGGGUCCAAAAUUCUGGCAGAUUUUUAUUUUCAUUACCUACAUGCUCAUGUGAGAUAACAAAAUUAUGGACUCUUUCAUGUGUUAUGAUCAAUAAAAGGAUACAUUGUUGCCAUUUUGGUGCAUACCUGGCCUUCAUACUGUCCUUGUGUGAUUGUUUUCCUGAUGAGUAAAUCUUGCGUUCAGUUCUUUUGUCUGGCAGUCCAUCCUUAUCAUAAGAGAGAAGACUUCUGCAAAUAGUCAUGCAGGAAUAGUGAAUUCAGAGAGCUGGAAUGACAAACAUAUCUAUUACUAAAAUGUCACA